AUGCCUGAGCCACUGAAGAAGAGCGAAGUCACUGCUGAGAAAGACCCAUCGGUCUCGAAGCAAUACGACGCCAGUGCUUCGCUUGAGCAGAAGUUGAAGGACUUCUACGAGAUUGCGGAUGGCCAGAAGAUUGGCAUGCUUGGAACAUACCGUAACGGUAUCGGGGUAUGUAUCACAAAUGCUUCAUCCGGCAUCCUUUACUAACACUGAAGAUCCUGUAGCCAGUUUCGAGGUCCAUGGCUGUAGCGAAGCGAACAGGUCCAGACUUCCUCUUCCUCACCAACUCAAAUAGCAAGAAGAUCCAGGAUCUCCAGGCAAGCAAACAGGUCCAGCUCUCCUUUCACGAUUCUUCCAAGCAGGACUGGAUCUCCGUCACUGGCGAGGCUGUCACGGUCACGAACGAUGAUCCAAGGAUCAAGGAGAUCUAUUCGAAGCCUGUCAGUGCUUGGUUCGGCGAUCUGAAAGACGGUGUCCACGAUGGAGGUCCAGAAGAUCCCCGAAUGACGCUCAUCGAAGUGCAGCCCAAAUGUGAGUAUCGCCCGGUUGACUUCGUCCGCCAAGGUCCAGCUGACGAGUGUAGAUGUGGUGUACUGGAAGAGGACCACUGGAGCCAUUGGAAUGGCCAAAGAGAUUGGAGGCGCCGUGCUGACCGGGGGUGUUGCAAACACCGGUGCCCUGAGAGAGGUACACUCGGACGAGAUUGCGCAGGCUCGCGCCAAGGAUAGCGCUUUGAGCAGCAAGUAG